AAUUUUCUAGUAAUUAAAAUGUCAUUUUCGCGUGGCCCACAUACUUUCCAAGUAUCUACUAAAUUAUUUGAAUUAAAUAGACAACGUUUAGUGACUGAAUUAUUAAAAAAUUUUGACCAAAACAUUAAAGGAAAUUAUGUACUUUUAGAAGGCGGUUGUGAAAAUACUCGUUAUAAUACUGAUGCGGAUGAAAUUGCUUUUAGACAGGAAUCCUAUUUUUUCUGGACUUUUGGAGUACACGAGCCUGGUUGUUAUGGAGCUAUUGACAUUAAUAGUGGAAAAUCGUUUUUGUUUCCUCCCAAACUUGCGCCAGAUUAUGCAAUAUGGGAUGGAAAAAUCCAAAACGAGCAAUGGUUUUUAAAUAAAUACAAAGUUGAUCAGGUUGUAUUCCAUGAAAAUGGUUCGAAAAUUAUUGAAACAUUAAAUGCUUUUAAUCCAAUAAAUAAAUUAUUGCUUUUGCGAGCUGAAAAUACUGACAGUGGAAUUGUUCUCGAGCCUCCAACAAAAAUUCCUGGAUUGGACAAAUUUGAGACUGAUACAAAAAUACUUUACCCAAUAAUUGCUGAAUUGCGUGUAAUUAAAACUGAUUUGGAAAUUGAGGUUUUGAAAUAUGCGUCAAAAUGUGCAAAUGAGGCACACAAGGAAUUAAUGCGCCAUGUUAAGCCAAAUAUGUUUGAAUAUCAAAUGGAAAGCCUUUUCCGUCACAUUUCCUAUUAUGGUGGAGGUUGUAGACAUUUGGGGUAUACUUGUAUUGCAGCAACGGGGUGUAACGCUGCUAUUUUACAUUAUGCACCAAAUGACCGCCAAUUUAAUGAUGGGGAUCUUUGCCUUUUUGAUAUGGGACCGGAAUAUAAUUGUUAUGGUUCUGAUGUGACUUGUACAUUCCCUGCUAAUGGAAAAUUUUCUGAAAAACAAAAACUAAUUUACAAUGCUGUUUAUAGAGCUAAUCGAACAGUUUUAAAGGAAGCUAAGCCUGGCAUUCGUUGGACAGAGAUGCAUUUACUUGCAGAGAAAAUAAUUUUAGAAGAUUUGCAGGCUGGGGGGUUAUUAAUUGGUAAAGUAGAGGAAAUGGUGGAAAAGAGAAUUGGAGCUAUCUUUAUGCCUCAUGGAUUGGGGCAUUUUAUGGGACUAGAUAUUCACGAUGUUGGCGGAUAUUUGGGGGAUGCUUUACCUCGUUCGGAUAAACCCGGAUUAAAAUCACUUAGAACAACUCGAACACUUAAAGAAAAAAUGUGUAUAACAAUUGAACCUGGAUGCUAUUUUAUUGAUACGUUAUUGGACAAAGCCUUUGCUGACCCAGAAUUGUCAAAAUAUUUGGUAAAAGAAAAAAUUGAGGAAUUUAGAGGAUUUGGAGGGGUCAGAAUUGAAGACGAUAUAAUUAUUUUGGCAAAUGGGAAUUUAAAUAUGAAUGCAGAAUUGCCUAGAACUGUAGAGGAAAUUGAAGAAUUUAUGUCCUUAAAUAACAAAAAUUGUUGUGGAAAACAAUAA